UUGUUACUCAUAUUAAUUAAAAUUUUUUCUUUUUAUUUUUCAGACGAUUCAUUCAAAAUAAAAUUACCAGUUUUAAUGGUUCGUCAUCGUCAAAGUCUACCGCUACCAUCAGAGCAAGGAAUUAACGAAGUCAUAUUAACAUGUCGAUAUUGUGAGAGAGCAAAUUUUGGAUCAAUUAUUGGAAAAAAACUUCACGAAUAUAAUUGUUAUUUAAAUCCAAGAAAUGUUGAGGAAAAAAAACAAUUAAUGUUUAAAUGCAGUGAUUGUAGUUUUGCGUGUAAUCGAAAACAAUAUUUAAAUUAUCACAAGACCCACGAUUGUGGAAAAAAGCACAAAUGUGAAAUAUGUGACAAGCAUUAUGGAACAUUGAGAAGUUUACAAUUACAUAUUCGUAAUACACAUAAUCCGCGAAAAAAUUUACAAGUGCCAUAAAUGUAGAAAAAUAUUAUUUAUUACGUAAAAGUAUGUAUAUAUAUAAUAAUAAUAAUAAUUAAUUGGUAGUACUGUAAAAUAUUCUCAGCAAAUUAACGUAACUUCAAAUUAAAAAGAUAUUUUUAACAAUAUAAAUAAAACUAUAUAAAAUACAAUUGAUUUUCUCAAAUUUUGAACGAUUUACAAUAAAAUUUUUGAAAAUAAAUUAUUUUGCAAAAAAAUUUGUUGUUAAAUAAAUUAUUUCAUUUUUUACAAUUUUUUUUUUGUAUAAAGUUGGUGAACAAUAUUGUAAUUUUUACAAACACAAGUUCAUUUUCCACUUUGAAAAAUUUUCUACAAUUCUGUUCGUUUUUUUUUUUUAAGUUUACAACUAAAUCUUUCAAAAUUUGGUGUAAUAAAUUUUAAAUAUAUUUUUAUUUCUAUGUGAAAAAUCGGGAUGCAUGAAUGAAUAUGUUCUAAAAAUUAUUAGUUAGAAUUUUCAUCUUAUGGAAUUUCAUUUGUCAUAAUUUUUUUUUUUGAGUAGAAUUUUUAUUUAUUCGAAUUAGUAUUUUGCAGAAUUUUCAUUAAAACGAUUUUCUAUAUUACAGAAUUUUUAUAUAACUGAAAAUUCACUUCACAGAAUUUUUAUUUGUUCAAAUUUCUAUUUGUCAGAAUUUUCAUUUAACAUAAUAGGC